CGAUCACUCAAUAAAUAGCCAAGAAACAAUACACAUUACUUUCAUUUGGACUGGAAUACACCAUGGCAUUACAUGAACGGCUCAGCCUGUGGCAGAGAAUAUUACUCGGGAUCUUCUGCUUCCCGUUGCUUCCUUUCUACCUGUGUGUGUACUGUCUGUGUCUGAAAGAAGAUGACAAGGAAGUUGACCAGGAGGAAGGUCAGCGUGAUGGCAUUCAUGUAGAGAAAGAUGCUAACGCUGGACUGAAAAGAAAAACCCAAGAAGAUAGCGAGGAAGAUUUCGCCAGACAUUCCAAAGGCAAGGCUACAAAGUUUGCAGUCACUAACGAAGGUUUCCAGGAUGACGAAAAGGGAAAGGAGUGGAAAGAGGGUCUGAAAGAAGAUGACAAGGAAGUUGACCCGGAGGAAGGUCAGCGUGAUGGCACAGGUCAAAGAGGGAAUACCCGGGAUAUUCCUAAGGCCAAAAAAAACAACUUAUCUUUCAAUAACAAAGUUCAUGUAGAGAAAGAUGCUAACGCUGGACUGAAAAGAAAAACCCAAGAAGAUAGCGAGGAAGAUUUCGCCAGACAUUCCAAAGGCAAGGCUACAAAGUUUGCAGUCACUAACGAAGGUUUCCAGGAUGACGAAAAGGGAAAGGAGUGGAAAGAGGUUGAAGUACACAAGGAUGAAAAUGCUUAUAAGAAGACAAAGAAGCAAAAAGACACAUACGGUCCUACCUUCAAAUAUCCAUGGGACAGACAAAACCUAAAAUCUCUGGAGCUGGACCUGAAAGCAUUCAAAAAGCUGGAUGCUUACGCAUCAAAGGUGGAUUCUAGAGGAUCAGUCGAAACGUUAGUAAAAGAACUUCUUCGGGAUUCAUCUACUGAUCUGGAGAAAACCCGUGCUAUUUGGAUAUGGACAUGCACUCAUAUAGAGUACGAUGUAGCAGGUUACAGUAACACAGCCUUGAGAUCUUCUGAUCCAGAUGAUAUAUUUCGCACCAGGAAAGGAGUUUGUGCUGGAUACGCUUCAAUCUUUCAGAAAAUGUGCACCAUUGCUGGAGUGCAGUGUAUAACAGUAAGCGGCUACGCCAAAGGAAUCAGUUACACAAUCGGGCAGACGAUACCUGGGAAGUCUAACCACGCCUGGAACAUGGUGUACUUGCAAGGAGGUUGGCACUUGCUGGACAGUACAUGGGGAGCUGGUCAUGCCGACAGCAAAGUUAGCAAGUUUACAUUUGAAUAUACUGAGUUUUACUUCCUGACGCACCCAGCGCUUUUCAUUGAAGAUCAUUUCCCAGAUCAGGCUGAUUUCCAGUUACUGGAUCAAAAACUUUCUCAACAAAAAUUUGGAAUGAUUAUGCGCCGUAGAGGUCACUUCUAUAAUUUGGGAUUACUGUACUCUCAUCCUGACACAGCUGUCAUUAAAACAGUGAAAGGAAAAGUCUCUAUCACCAUUGAGAGCAGCCGUCACAUGCUAUUUACCUUCAAUCUAAAUGAAACAGAGAAACCAGGAUUGAUGCGGUUUACGGAAUUUGGGGCAACACUGGAGGUGUAUCCUCAGAAGACUGGGCAACAUAUACUGGACAUUUAUUCCAAAUCACCAGACUCAGAGGGCGCAUAUCCCAACGUUCUGACUUACAAAGUAGAUUGCAAUGAAGUUGACACCUCUAUGAAGAUUCCCAAGUGUCUCCAAAGCCCAACUGGUCCAAGUUGGCUUUCAGAGCAGGCUGGGCUUCUUGAUCCCUCACACCGAGAUCCAGUCAUUAACACUCAUGAUGGGUGCUUUACUAUUUCCUUUGCAGUGGAACAUGAUUUAAGACUUUUUUGUACUUUAGACUCUGAUGAUAUAAAAAUGACCUCAGAAAUGGAGCAUAAACACAUAUUCCAGACACGAAGUAGGGGCAGAGUGCAAUUUAUGGUUCACCUUCCACAACCAGGGACCUAUGUUUUAAAUGUGCAUGUAAAGGAGAAAGGCUGUGAAUCAUAUACAACCAAGUGUAGCUAUCUAGUUAUUUGCCGUAACCCCGCUGUUCAGUGGCCGGUGUUCCCCCUGGCUUACAAGAAAUGGGCUGAACAUUAUGAACUGGUUGAACCCUUGAAAGGAAUUCUACCCAAGAACAGCAAUGUUUUCUUUCACCUCAAGGUUCCUGGAGUGACCGCACUGUUUGUGGAAGCCAGAGAUUCUUUUCCUUUAACCUUAAAUGACCAAGGCUACUGGGAAGGAACAUGUAGUACUGCUGACUGCAAGGAGCUCUAUGUCGCUGUUAGUUAUAAAAAACAACCAAACACUAGAGAGUACAUUUUGAGAUAUGAGGUCCAAUGAGGAAUUACAGAUUAAUUAAAUCAGUGAAAUAGUCCAGCUUCUACAUUUUGAUGACUGGAAAUCUUUUUGAAAUGCAUUGCUUUGAGAAUUUACUGUAUAUGGCAGUUUCAUGGAUUAUAUGCUGAUUUUCUAGUAACAGAUUAAAAGUGCUGUUCCACCUAGGGUCCCUCAUAAACCAGAUCUGCAUUAUGUUGAGAGAAGUAAAAUAAAUGCCAUUUUAUUUUUCCCUUCAAUACUCCCUAUGAUUUAAAAACUACAUUGAAUGCUUUAAUAAGAUAAGUAGAAUUGAGUCCUGUAAAGUAUUGCAUCACAGAAGUCUGACCCCGCUGCCCCCUUUAGCUCCUUCCUGUUCAACCAUGGGCCUUCCCUUUUCCAUGUUGAGAGUAUCCACACAAAUUAUAUAUUGGUUUUUUUAAGGACAGGUAGGACUUUCAUUGACCAAUGUACCCUCGAUGUCUGGGCCAGGCCCACCCAACAGAUUUAACUACACAAUAAUUGACACAACACCAAGAGUGGGGUUGAAAAGGCCACAGCCAAUUUAUUUAUUUAACCUAGCCAUUGCCACGCAAACUAAACCAAAACUAUGUGUGUUAACAGGGCAAUGACUACCCAAAACUGAACACAAAAAAUAACAUAAAUAAUUAACAUGAAUAAAUAACACCACAAGCUAUCCAGGUACCACCAACACAGGAGAGGACAUAACCAGAUGCUCAAUCCCAGACCCGAGGCUCCAAGCACCACCAACCAGCUCCUCCAAAGCACCUACCCCAUGGAUGCCUGGUAAGCUUCCUCCCCGACUGUGAAAAAAAUGAACCACCCAACCAAUACCAAAAACAAGGGAGGGUGGGACACACUACACAAGGUAGGGUGACACACAAACUGGCCCCUAACUUAAUGACACCUGCCCUUAAGUAACCUCCU